CGACGGUUUAAAUCGAGGCGACUGUGUCUUGACCCUGCAGACAUCACCCCUCUCACUCUGAAGGUUCGUUUAAUAUGAGCCAACCCAUGAACAUCAUUUUAUUUGGCGAAACCGGCGCCGGCAAGAGCUCUAUAGUAAACAUGCUCUCCGGACAUCCAGUCGCGGAGAUUUCCGGCGAAGCGGGGGGCUGCACGUUCAAAUUUGACUGGUACCCCAUCGACAUUGGUAAAGAGACCUACCGCAUCUUCGAUACCGCUGGCCUCGACGAGGGUGUCGAAGGCACGAUGCCGCCCGAGGACGCAAUCGUGCAGCUAUACCAGCUCAUGACGAGUCUCGAGGGCGGUAUCAACCUCAUCAUCUUUGUCAUGCGAGGCCCACGCAUCAAGGACGCGUCGCAACGCAACUGGCGUCUCUUUUAUGAGAUCUUCUGUAAACAGCAAGUUAACGCGGCCAUAGUCAUCACUGGACUCGAGCAGGAGGACGACAUGGACGACUGGUGGCCGAGGAACAAGGCGCAUUUCUACAGCUACGGGAUGCGUCCGUUUGGCGCAGCGGGUAUCACGGCUACUUUGGGGAAGAGGAAGGGGAACCGGUACCUCUUCCAGGAGGAGUACGACGAGUCUGUGGCAAAGGUCAGGAAGCUAAUCCGCGAUAACGCGAUGCCGAACCCACGUUGUAUCGACAAGGUCGAGUGGUUCGCGGACGUGAUGUUACUUUGGUGUAUUCCUGUUGGUCAGAAGAGUACGGCUGAAGUGCAGCGAUUGAUAGACCGAUGCGGAAUGUCGCCGGACGAGGCAGGUCGCCUCGCACGAAGACUUAGCUAUGUGUAA